AGUUCCGCGUGUGAAAAAGGUAAAGCCAAACAAAAGGAAGCAAGACGAUUCGAAGAAGAAGAAGAAGAAGAAGAAGAAGAAACAGUCGACAAUGUAUGCACAAUAUCAGCAAUACCAGAACCAAAAGCAUCAAUAUCAAUAUCACCAGCAACACCAGCCGUCCGUGCCGAACCACCAAAGCCAGAYCGUCGUUCCGGCCGAUCCCGUUCCGACAUUCACCAGAUAUUACCACGGGUGGACCAAGCGGGUCGAAGAACUGACAAAUGCCCUGAACCAACACCAAGGCGGCAGCAGCAGCGACGAGCGGCAGACCGCCGAACACGACCGCAACUGGGCCAAGUACUACGCGGAGGAAUCCAGCCGGGCGGCGCACCACUUUUAUCAGAACCCACACGCCACGACGGCUCCGUUUGCACUGCCGCCAYCCCCGCCGAACGAACCACCCACCCACAACCAUGCCGCGAGCACCAACAACUACAGCAGCAACAGCAACGACGCUUCCGGCCACCGUGCCGCCGCCACGAAGUCCUACGCCUCGGCGGCGAGAUCCUCUGGCACCGGGGUCAACCACCAGCCGGCGUCGGCUUCCGGCGGCAAGCAUCCGCCGGGAUCGAUUACCAGGUACGUCAAGCGAAACAUGGAMCGCCACCGGGUACAGAACGAUCCCGGCCUCAAAAAAUACGUUCAGACCGAAAUCGAAUCCRUGAUUGCUGCCGCCAUUCAAAAAAAGACCCUACAGUCCCAGAACUGGGAUCUGGUGCCCCUGGUAGCUCUCCCGGGGGAAGAGAAAUCCACCAGCACCGGGGAGGGAACCCCGGAUCCGGUGGCAGCACGCGGGGAUUCUCCCCGCCAGCACCAACCGCACCACCGGCAGCACAAUGGUCCGCAGUCCCACAGUGGGCGCCAUUGCUACGAUCACGAUUCUUCCUAUGCAUCUUCCCCCGCAAGAAAAAAUAAGUAUAGCACCAAUAACAKUUACUAUGGAUCGAAUGCCACGGCCGGCAGUAGUUCGGAAAAUAACAACAACUCCUAUUACGGCCCAGCUUCGUCUCAUACCGACAACAAUCAUAACAAUAACCACACAACCGUCCGUUCCACUAACAAUUUUCGGAAGCUCCAUAGCCCCGGCAACAAAAAUAACAAUAAUUCCYUCUCCAAUUCUUCAGUUAUAGGUAAAAAAAGCAAGAAAAAAAAUGGUAAACGAAACCAAGAAGAAGACUUUAYGUCCUUUGGACACUACGGUCCCGAUGCCGGCUCUCGCUCGAGCCCCAGUGGCACGAGCAGCAGCCACAAAAAGUCCAAGAAACACCACCCGAAGACCCACCGUACAAAGCCUGCGAUACCGGGGACCAUGCACAACGACGGCAUGGACUAUUCGGACCAGGCGAUGACCAAGCGCGCGAACCGGUUUUCGGGCCGCGGGGGGAUCCGGGAGGCCGCCAGCGCGAACCUCCGGAUGGGAAUCGGCGGGAGCGGCUCCGGCCACGACAGGUACAUGGGCAGGGGCACCAUCGGAGGCACUAACGUUGCGCUAAGCGAGACGGACUUUGAACAGAUGACCGUCAAGGGCACGUGCCGGACACUGGAAAAGCAAUACCUCCGGCUGACGGCACCCCCCCGCGCCGAAUUGGUUCGACCGCUGGAGAUUCUCCAGCAGCACCUGCGGAACCUGCAGAGCGAGUAUUUUUGCUGUGGAAAGGGCGACGAGCACAGCAAUCCGGUCCUGCACGAAAGGAUGCAAACGCCGGAAGAACAGUGGAAAACCAUCGGUGGCGAUGGAGAAGAACACAACUCAUCAAGCGAUGGUUCCGGUAGUUCUCGUCCUCAACGACGGCACGAUUACUUGUGGUUUUGCAGCCAGCUGAAAUCAAUUCGGCAGGAUUGCACCGUGCAACGAAUCCAAGGCGAUCUGGCCGUCGAUGUGUACGAGACACACGCGAGAAUCGCGUUGCAGGAGGGCGACUUGAAUGAAUAGUAAGUAUGCGGGGUUCUGAGGAACAAUUGCGGAUGCGAAGCACGACACAAGGCGAAAUGGUGCCUCCCGUGUGAUAUACGUUGCGUCGACUCUUGGACCUUCUUUUCUCACCUUUCGUUCUGUUUCGUGUUUUCUCAUCGUGACCAGUAAUCAAUGCCAAACACAGCU